ACUAGCUACUGCUACUUGUACCCGCCUCCUUCGCGCAGAGAAACCCGCACGCAAACACAGCCUCGCGCGAGCCCCUCCGAUCCGAGAUCUGGGCCGGCCAGCCAUGGCGAUUAGGGUUUGGCUCCCCGCCCUCCUCCUCGCCUUCCUCCUCGCCGCCUCCCCCUUCACCCAAGUUGCUAGAGCUCAGUCGGAGGAAGAUGCUGCUACAGCUGAGGUUGUCGAAGGGGCUGAUUUAGGAAUUGUGGGUGAUGAUACUCAGAUUUCCAGUGAUGGACCUUUGAGUCCUGCUCCUGGUGUAGAGACAGUAUGUGUAUUCCCCAAAAAUGCUGGCAAAAUUGUACCAGCAGGUGAAGAAACUGAAUUACUCGUUGGCCUGCAAAAUGAGGGUGAAUCAACUUUGAAUGUUGUUGCUGUCCAUUCAACUCUCCAUCUUCCUUAUGACCAUAGUAUGUAUGGCCAGAACCUUACUGUUCAGAAAUUCUUCAAUGCAUCAGUUCCUGUUUCUGUGCAAGCAACUUUCCCCUAUACAUUCGUUGUGAGCAAGUUCUUGCAGCCUGGAGCCUAUGAUCUAGUUGGUUACAUAGUGUAUGAGAUUGAUCAGCACCCUUACCAGAAUGUAUUCUACAAUGGCACGAUUGAGGUUGUUGAGGCUGGAGGCUUACUCAGUGUUGAAUCUGUCUUCCUUAUUACCCUUGGAAUUGCACUUCUUGGUCUCUUUGGAUUGUGGGCAUAUGGCCAGGUUCAGCAGCUGUCGAAGAAAACAAAGAAGGCCCCUAAGGUGGAGCUUGGAACUGGAACAACUGAUGCCAACAUCGAUGAGUGGCUGGAGGGCACUUCGUUUGCGCAGAGAAGCAAAUCCAAGAAGAAGCAGACCUGAGGCUCCUGAGUCUAGUUAAUCAUUUGAGGAUCUAGAAUGAGGCAAGUGAGGGUAGCACCUCACAAUCACAAGUGACUUUUGUUGAAGAUAGUUGGGAAGGGAGGUUUUGAAAACUGUAGUUUCGUGGUCGCACAUCUUUGUUAACACCAGUUUCGGCCUUGUUGUGUACUUUACAUGGAAACUUUUCUUCAAACAAAAUUUUGUUAAAAAAAGGUAUAUGCUAUAGCUGCAGGGAUUUUCUGAUCUUGAA